ACUGUUUUGACGUUUUAAGUUUUCAGAGAAUGUACUUGUCAUAUUUAAUACUGAAAUAUUAAAUAUUUUUAUUGUUUGACAAAUAAUCUUAUAGCUUUAAUUUUUUUUAUAAAUUAUUUUUAAAUAUGAGCUCAGACGAUGAUAUAUGUUGGUUUCAUGAAAAUUUAUCACGUGAAGGAGCUGAACAACUCCUUCAACAAGACAAUGAAGAUGGUACAUUUCUUGUGAGAGAGAGUAGCACAUCAACUGGUGAUUAUGUUUUGUCUGUGUUAUUUAAUCAAAAUGUUAUUCACUAUCAAAUUAGAAAACACACUGAAGAUGCAUUUUUUUCAAUAGAGGAUGAAAGAACAAUUCAUGGAUUAGAUACACUUAUUGAAUUUUAUCAGGAAAAUAAUCAUGGUCUUGAAAUAGUACUUGUUAAACCAUGUCGUGGUGUACCUCCUCCUCAUGACACUAGAAGACAUGGAAGAACAAAUUUACUUCACCGAGCAACAGUACAAGGAAAUUACACAAUAGUUUCGGAAUUAUUAAAAUGUGGCUACAGAAGUAUUGAAGCUAAAAAUCAACUUGGUCAAACUGCAGUACAUCUUGCAGCAAAAUCUGGUGCUGAUGAUAUUUUAAAUAAACUUAUUGAAAAUAAAGCCAGUGUUAAUUGUCGUGAUUCAGCUGGAUAUACACCUCUUCAUUAUGCAUGCCAGAAUAAUCUUCCAAAUACUGCAAAACUUUUAAUUUUGGGUGGUGCAAAUGUUCAAGCAAGACAUACAGAAACAGGAAUGGUACCAUUGCAUGAAGCUGCAAGUGCAGGACAAAAAGAAGUAAUAAAUGUUUUAUUAUCAAUGAAUGCUCCAGUUUAUCCAAGAACAGUUGAUGAUGAUACUCCACUUGAUUUAGCAAUAAAAAAUGGUCAUCAAGAAUGUGUUAAAUUAUUACAUAAUUAUGAAAUUCCUGCAACAAAAGAAAAAAAAUCUGAUUGGUAUCAUGGUACAUUAGUAAGAAAUGAAGCUGUAUAUCUUCUUAAAAAAAAUGGUAUGAAAGAAGGAGCAUUUCUAGUUCGUCUUAGUGAUCGUUUACCUGGAACUUAUGUGCUCACUGCAAUAUUUCAUAAUCAAUAUUAUCAUUUUCAAAUAAAAAAGAAAAAUGAUUAUUUAUUUAUUGACAAUGGUCCAUAUCUUGCUUCACUUGAGCAUGUUAUUGAGCAUUAUCGAUGUAUGCCAGAUGGUUUACCUGGCCCUUUGGUACACCCAAUACCUCCUGAGCCAAGACCACCAGUUCCAGAAAUGCCAGCAUCAAUAUUCAAUGGCAAUACACUCAAAAAAAAUUCUCACUUAAAAAAAAAUUCAACAAAUCAAUCAUGUAUUGAGGGUACAUCAUCAAUAUCAUCAUCACCAUCAUCAUCAUCGUCAUUUCCAAAUAUUGCAUUUCAAAUGGAUAUAACACCAACAAAAUUAGAAACAAAUUAUGAACAAAAACCCGAUGUAUUUGAAAAAAGUAUUACUUUAAAAACAUCAUUACACUCACAUGAUUUUAUACCUGGUGAUAAUCUUAUAUCUGGUGAGGUAUUAGGUGAGGGUGAAUUUGGUGCUGUUCAUGAGGGUAUUUAUAUUAAUUCAAAUGAUGAAUCAAUACCAGUUGCAAUUAAAACAUUACGUGAUACUGAUAAUAAUUUAACUAAAGAAGAAUUUUUACGUGAAGCAAAACUUAUGAUUAAUUUUAAUCAUUCUUGUAUUGUUAAACUCAUUGGAUUUUUUGAAGGUCCACCUUUACUUAUGGUACAAGAACUUGUACAUCUUGGUUCAAUGCUUGCUUAUCUUCUUGAAUUUCCAGACAGAAUUAAUCCAAAUUUUGAACUUAAACUCUGGGCAUCACAAAUAGCAUCUGGAAUGAAAUAUUUAGAAGAGCUGAGAUUAGUUCAUCGUGAUUUGGCAGCAAGAAAUAUAUUAUUGGCAUCAAGAAAUCAAGCAAAAAUAAGUGAUUUUGGUUUAUCAAGAACAUUUGGUGCAAAUAAUUAUUACAAAGCAACACGUGGUGGUAAAUGGCCCAUUAAAUGGUACGCUCCAGAAUCAUAUAAUUUUGGUACUUUCUCACAUGCAAGUGAUGUUUGGAGUUUUGGUGUAACACUUUGGGAAAUGUAUUCAUAUGGUGCACAACCCUAUGGUGAUAGAAAAGGAGCAGAUGUCACUCAACUGGUAGAAAAAGGUGAACGUCUUCGGAAACCAGAAAAAUGUCCAAUGCCCAUUUAUUUAGUUAUGAAAAGUUGUUGGGAUUAUGAGCCAAAAAAUCGGCCAACUUUUAGUGAACUCAUUGGUAUAUUCAGUGCUGAUCCUGACUAUGCAAAUUUAACAGAUUUAAUGGAUAAUACUGAUAUUGAAUAAUUUUAUUUUUAAAAUUAAUCAUCAUCAUCAUAUAUUUUAUUAAUAUAAAAAAAGUAUAUAAAAGACAAAAAUUUAUAACUCAACUCAAAAUAAUCAUGCUCUUAUUUAUUUGAGCAAAUUUUAAAAAACAACAUUAGAUAAUUUUUUUAAAAAAAGAAUAUUGCCAUUUUUAGAAAAUUUUUUUAUUUUUCUGUGAUGAAAAGUGCCAUUUUUUUUUUUUUUUUUUUUUUUUUUUUUUCUUCCAUUGCACUGUUCAUCUCAUUCACAUUGUACAUAUCAGAGAUAAAUUAAUUUUAUUUUUAAAUUUUUAUUAUAGUCAUAAAAGUAUGAAUUAUCAACGGUAGACAAAAUUAAUCAUAAAUAUAUUUGUACAUGAUAGUUGAAAUUUAUCUUUAAAAAAGAUAAAUUUUUUUUCAACAAUAAUGAAACAUUUUAACGACCAAUGAUUAAUUUUUUUUUCUUUUUUACAAUAUCAAUUAAUUAAUAAAUAAAAAAAAAAAUGAAAUUUAUUCUGGAAAAUCUUCAAUAAUGCCAAUUAAAUUUUUUAUAGUAUCAAUUAUUUUUAAAUCGUUUUUUUUUUUCUUUAGUAACUUGUUUAUCGGUGCUAUACAUAUUAUUUAAACAAUAUUAACAUGAAUUAUGCAAAUAAAUUUAUGAGCUUCCGAAGAAGCUACACAUGUUUAUUAUUCAUAAUUUUUAUUUUAACUAUUUUAUUGUAGCUGUUAAUCUUUUUUAACUGUAUUUUAAAUUUAAAAGUUUCUGUUAUCAUUGUGUAAUUGAAUUAUUUGAUGGACAAAGUAAAAAAUGAAUUGAUUUAUUGUGAAAGUGCUGACACAUUGAGAGGAGAGAUAUGGAAUUUUUUUUUUGUAUAUAUUUAUAUAUUUUUUUUUUCUUUUCUUAGAUUUGUUAGCAAUGAUAAUUUCAAAUGAAAAAAAAAAGAUUCUUUUGUUAUAAUUUGAUUGUUGUUAUUACUGCGUAUAUGUAGCAGUGACAAGAAUUAAUUUUACGAUGACAUUCAUG